GUAUUCCUUAUAGAGAGCGUACCUUGACAUGGUAAUUGCGGUUUGUUUUCCAAAACAAACUUUUGUUGGAAAUUAUUUCUCCAGAUUAAAUAUUGAGAUAUGCAGGAAGAAAAAUUUCAUUAAAUGAUUUGCAUAAUCAUCAGUUAAGUAAGAAACUAAUUUCAAGCUGAUGACAUUUGUCAUAGUUUGUGAAGGAAAUGGCAUACUUUCGAAUCAGAUACUGGAAAUAUAGACGCUUGCUGUAUCUGAUACUGCCCUUAACCCUAGUAUUUCUUCUUACAACAAACAUAUUCUGCAUUCCUAAAGAAACGCAUUUCACCCUCAAUUCGAACACUCCUCGACACCACAUUGCCUAUAUCAAAGUUCAUAAGGCUGCAAGCUCAACUAUUCAAAAUAUUCUAUUGAGAUACGGGUACCUGAGGAAUUUGACCUUUGUCCUUGGCCGUAAUGCUAACAUGUACCCCAACGUCAUCAGUAUUACAGAGUCUAUCACAAAUUACAACAUAGAGCCCCCUCCAAAAAACAGAACAUUCGACAUUUUGUGUAGUCAUGUGAUAUAUAAUCGCGAUUCUUUUCGCGCCAUAAUGCCACGUGAUACAAUCUAUUUGGCAUCUGUUCGAGAACCCUUUACUGUUUUCAUAUCAACACUGCAUUAUUUUCGCCCACCAUAUAUAUUCAAUACUAAUGCAUCAGAUCCAAUAUCUAUGUACUUAACAAACCCAGGAAAAUAUGAACCGGAGGUGAAAAAUUCUUUGACGAAUAACAGAAUGGCAUUUGAGUUAGGCUUCCCACUUCAUUUGUUCCAUUCAAAAAACCUGACUGGAAUUAACGUGUAUCUAAAAAAGCUGGAUAAAGAAAUGGAUUUAAUUUUAGUCGUAGAAAGAUUAGAGGAGUCCAUUGUUUUACUUAGAAGACUUUUACAUUGGGAACUACAAGACGUUCUUUAUCUACCUAAAAAUAAAUUCGAGGAGUUAGACAAUAAGACAAAGUCAAAGCUCAAAGAAAAAUUUUACCUCCAAAAAGGUGCAAAACAAAAGUUUGAAAAAUGGGCAACUCUGGACUACAUUUUAUAUAAAUUUGCUGUCGAAAAACUAGAACGCCAAAUUCAAAGCCAAAACGCAGACUUCCACGAUGAAGUUGCGUAUUUCAAGUUCAUUCGGAAGAAAGUUGAGGAGUUUUGCUUGAAGCAAAGCAGGCCGUAUAGGAACGUGACUCUAACUGUUAAGGCAUCAGUGUGGAACGACAGAUUUGUUGUGGAUUCGCUGAUGUGCUCCCAGAUGAUAUUAAGAGAGUCAUACUUUGUUAAGGAAAUACGGUACCAACAAUAUGGAGUUUUACCCAGUGAAAUCAAUUAAGCCAAAAUUGUUUUAAAUAACAUUUUACCUCUUUCUUUGAAUGAAAAAUUAA